UUCAUGUCGGGGUCCUGACACAUACAGUCGCACACGUCCUGAACCCUUUAACGUCUCAGCUAAACACCAACAAACAGCGAAUAUAUAUCAAGCUAAACUAAAUCAACGAGAAAACGAUGACCGUGUGUCACAUCGUGGACAUUAGUAAUCGUACAGAUAUGAUAAAAGACAUGCAUAUGCGUGAGAAAUGAUGCAUUUGAACAGUGUGUCGAUUUAGCACUGGACUAUUGUUGUUUCUCAUGUCAGUGAUGCUAGUCUCAAUUUAAAGAGACCAGCAGCGCUGUUUAAUACACACCACUUUAUAUGCACUUAUCUUCGCUAAAAGGUUCGAUUAGAUUCCUGAAGCCGAAUAAUAUGAAAAUCAGUGCUGUGGAUCACAAUAACGGGUACUGCAUGAAGUUUACCAUUAGCAAGUGAAUGAAGGAUUGUCAUUGAGAUGCUGUAGGAGGGAUUGGUAAUCAAUACAGGGAUCAGAGCAUCUACAGACAAGAUGGACAAGAAAUCUUUUGACAUCGUCUUGGACGAAAUCAGAAAGUGUGUUUUGACAGAUCAGCGAAUCAAAGCUAUAGAGCAGGUUCAUGGGUAUUUUUCCAGUGAGCAGGUCAUUGACAUUCUAAAAUACUUCUCCUGGGCAGAGCCACAAAUAAAAGCAGUUAAAGCCCUGCAACAUAAAAUGAUUGCAAUUCCAACAACCAAGGUUGCAAACAUCCUUAAUUGUUUCACAUUCUCAAAGGACAGAAUCAUUGUACUGGAACUCAUAGCUCUAAAUAUUUGUGAUGCUCAAAACUACCGUCCCGUGGAGGACGCGUUCCGUAUUCACUUGUCUGAGAAGAAACGUGCAAGAAGGAUCCUGGAGCAGGUAUGUAAGGUGGGUUGUAAAGCUCCAGUAGCUAUGGUUUCAUCCUGCGGGAUGAUCCCAGGGAACCCUUAUCCCAAAGGCAAACCCAGCAAGGUCACCGGAUCCUUUCCUGGAAUUCCUGGCAAAAAGGAUGGAGAGGAUAUAAACCUGGAUGGAAAAGGAAUUGCUGCACGUAUCCUUGGACCAAGCAAACCGUCACCAUCAACGUACAAUCCACACAGACCUGUGCCAUAUCCUAUCCCACCUUGCCGGCCACAUGCAACAAUCGCUCCAAGUGCGUACAACAACGCAGGUCUGGUGUCAGUGGGCGGGGUCAUCACCGCCAGUGUGCCACCCCCACCCUACCGAGCCACUCCCAGUUUGGCAGGUUACAGUCGACCUGCCAGUCAGCAAAGUCAAACCUCCAACAUCAUUGGCACACCUGGUUCUCAUAGCUCCACCCCAACGACUCCUUCCACCUCCCAGCCUCAGCCUACCACACCAAUCACUCCAGUGUUCCCCGGCAUGGUCCCAUCCCAAAACCCUCUAACCCCUUCCCCUGCUCCUGCCCCCUCACCCUCAGUCAUCAAAGGCCCCCCUGCCCCGGCCAGUUCUCCCCACCUUGCCUCUAACUCCGGUGGCCACACACCUAUUUCCUCCCCAUUCCCUGUCAUGCCCCCUUCUGGUAGAAGCACCCCUUCUGUUAUCAAAACGCCAUCUGGAACACCCUGUGGUACACCCGGGCCAAGUACAAGUAUCCCUCAGUCUCCCUUUCAUGUUGCACCCCGUUCGGAAACACCUUCCGGUGGCCGCACACCUACACCCAGGGGGACCGGUGACCCCUUGACUCCUCAUGGAGCUGCUAUGGGUUUACCCUCUAAGAAGGGUUACCCAACCUCCUUAGAUUCCCAGUCAGCCCACUCGUUUUCUGGUGCUCCUUCCCCCCAGUCGCAUUCAGUAAUCCGUAGCUACACCCCCUCACACACUCCCGGCCGCUUGACUCCCAACAUGCAACAUUCUCCCAGUCCUAAGCCCAACUCUGGGAUGUCCAACCAGCCAUCUAUGAGUAGCCCUUCCGGGGCGUUCUUUAGCGAACAACAUGCCAACGCCAUGGCGCGGCACAGUGGAGGCAGCGGAAGCAACAGCCCCAUCCCUUCUGCUUUCAAAGGACCCUCAAGGUCUGGCACACCUUCUCUUAGCUCCCUAGUCAUGCCUAACUCCAGCAUUCUUGCCCGACCCAUGGGCAUGCCCCACGGCACUGCCUCCCCCCAGCCCUCUUUAUCCAGCACUGCCUGCGCAUCCGGACUCCACAGUCUUUCCUCAUCUCUCGGCUCCCAGUCUGGAAGCAGCCCCGCUUCACAUUUUCCAAUAUCUCCAUUCCCAGGAGGCCAGUCUUCUUGUUCCACCUCGUCAACUCCUACUCCUCCCGCCUCAUCUGUGUAUUCAGGCCUGGCUCACUCUAGUGCUCCUUCUCCCUCCCCUUUCGGCCUCAGCUUGACCACUACUGCAUUUCCGGGUCUCCCCCCUGGUCCCAACCCUGGUUUCCCAGGUUUUGGUGGCACGGGAUCUCCUGCGGCAGGUAGUCCAGUCCUGUCCUCUUUAAUGGGGCUUCCAGGAGCCUCUUCCUCAGUAGCCACCGUCGCACCUCUCCAGGCGGCAGCAGUCGCAGCGGCCGCCGCGGCAGGAGUGCCGUCCUCUUCCCCUGUGCUUCCUGGAUUUGCGUCUGCAUUCAGCUCAAACUUUAAUCCUGCUCUGGUUGGCCAGGCUGGGCUAACUGGUAGCCUCCAGGCCCCUGGUGGAGGAGCUUUCCCAGGGUUGCUGUCUUUUCCCCCAGGCAUGCCCAGCUUCUCCACCGCAGCAUCUCCUGCUGCCCUCUCUGGUUUACACAACCCUGCCAUGCAGUCUGCACUUCUGCAGGCUCACUCAGCAUCAGCACUGGACAGUUACCCUCCCCAGCCCAACGGGUUUACAAAUUACCCUUCAGCCGCUGGCUCGAGCUUCCCACUGCAGCCAGGCCUGCACCCAUCUCUGGGAUGGCAGUAACUACCUGUCGAAGAAAAGGAAUAUGUUUAAAAAUAUGCAGCCUGGGGUGUUAGCAUCUUGUUUGAUUGAGUAAAUGAUGUAUGACAGGGAUAAACGGAAACAAACAUUGUGACUGCGGUUCUCUAAAUUUAGAGGCUGUGGAUGGAAAAAGGUGCGUAAAUUGUUGGUUAAAACUAGAAAUGACUGACAGUUCCUGUAGACGUGUCACAUCAAAACAAUGUGGUUUUGCUGUGCACAGAACUUCACUGAAGAUUGUUUUAUGAGGGCUGGACUGCGUUUAAUAAGUGUGUAUUUGGAUGAAUGAGAUGGAUACUUAUCUCUAGUGUUAUUUUGUUUGUAGAAUUAGGGCAUCAUUGUCAUUUUGAUGAAAUGAGUACUGUCGUUUAUUAAUGAUGAAUUAAUUUUAAAUAUACACCAGUAGAUGAACUGUGAAUAGUCUGGGUGUCUAAACUUCUUUUUUACCCUGUAUCAUGAAUGGUCUUUCCUCACAUACUGUACAUGUAAAUGUAAAAAAAAAAACUUUCAAAAUGGGUAAAGGUGGUGUUUUCUCUUUGUGUUUUAGCAGGUUUUUCCUUUUGUUUUAACCCAAACAAGCUUCUAUACAAUUGUUUCAUUGAGUUGGUAACAUUGGUGUUACUGAAUUUACACGGUUGUACAAUUUUACUGAUGCUGAGGUCACUACCAUACAAUCUGCAUGUAUAUAAAGUUUAGACCUCUAUAAAUGCAGAGUCUGCGGUACUUCAUUUUUUCCACCAUUAUAUAUGAUCAAAUAUAUGAUAGGAUUAGUCUAGUAUGUUCUAACAGUAUAAUGAAAUAAAAGCCCUUUCUUCAGA